AUGGUGAAGCGCGUCAAGUCCAGGGCGUUUCGAAGCACCACAGCAUCCACCAAGACCACCGAAACGGAAAGGGCAGCAGAUCCCAACGCCGACAGGGCGAGGGAGUUCAUGGAGUUGCAGAAGGAGCUCGUGUCGGCUCGGCAGCUCUUGAGCAAGCACAAGAAGAAGCACGAGCGGAAGAUGAUGCGGAUUGCUGGGGCCAUGAAGGACCACGUUCGUUGUCAGGCUUGUGCGGCCUAUGGUGCCUCUUGGCAUGCGAAGGCAAGCCUGGCUGAAGUGCUCGAAGCCAUGGCCCUGAAGUUCCUCAACGACAAGCGGCAAAGCGAGGAGGCCGUGCGCUCAAGCAACGUGGAUCCGAAGGUGCUCUCUGACCGAGUUUGGGAUGCCCAGAUGGCAGCGGCAGCCCGGGCGCUGCAGGCCAAAGAGGCGCAAAAGACACAGAAUGAGGUUGACCCGGCAGGAGGCGGCGGCGAGAAGACUAAGAAGCUGAGGGCCAAGAAGGUGCCGAAGCGAAGGAAGCUGCGCCGGGAGCGCCAGGCGGCUCAGCUUCCCGCACAGGUCCAAGCGUCGCCGGCAGAAGUCGAAGAUCUUCGAGCCGAGGGUGGCGCGCGCCAAAGCCGAGGUGCAAACGGCAAAGGCGGGUUGUCAGGAAGAGCUCAGAGCUGCAGAGGCGAAGUGGGCCAGCCUUCGGGAAGCCACGCCGAGGCGGGAGGAGUGCACGCACUGCGAGCUCUUCUACGAGGAGCUCCUGCGCAUGCAUGA